UGGGAUUGUUUGGAUAAUGAUUCAAUAAGAUUCAGUAUCCACGAGUCCCCCCGCUUCUUUAUCCGGACGUCAGCGGGCAGCCAAAUGGAGGGGAAGAUGUCGGGGAAGAGUUUUCGCGUGAGCGACGGUGACUGGAUUUGCCCAGAUAAAAAGUGUGGGAAUGUAAACUUUGCUAGAAGAACAAACUGCAACAGAUGUGGCAGAGAAAAAACAACGGAAGCGAAGAUGAUGAAAGCAGGAGGAACUGAGAUAGGGAAGACCCUGGCGGAGAAAAGCCGGGGCCUUUUCAGUGCCAAUGACUGGCAGUGUAAAACUUGUGGGAAUGUGAACUGGGCCCGGAGGUCAGAGUGUAAUAUGUGCAACACCCCUAAGUACGCAAAGCUAGAGGAAAGGACAGGCUAUGGUGGCGGUUUCAAUGAAAGGGAGAAUGUGGAGUACAUUGAACGUGAAGAAUCUGAUGGUGAAUACGAUGAGUUUGGCCGUAAGAAGAAAAAGUAUCGUGGGAAAACCGUCAGCCAGCCCGUUUCGAAGGAAAGUGCUAAAGAUGAACCGGAGAAUGAUGAUGACGAAGAUGAUGAGGAGGAAGAGGAAGAGGGAGACCUUUCGAAAUACAAAUUAGAUGAGGAUGAUGAUGAAGAAGAUGAUGCGGACUUGUCGAAGUAUGACCUGGACGCCAGCGACGAGGACGCCAAACCUGCUGCGAAGAAAAGCAGUGGGUCGGGCUCGUCACGUUCCUCAUCGCGCUCUUCCAGCUCCAGCUCACGGUCCAGGUCCAGGUCCCGGUCCAGAAGCUCAUCCAGUUCCAGGUCGAGAACCCGCUCCAGCUCCCAAGACCGAGCUGGCUCGCGUCGGUCCAACUCCAGCUCAAGAUCUCGGAAGGGUUCGUCCUCCCCGAGAAAACGGUCUCACUCCAGCUCCCCUUCGUCUUCGCCCGAACGGGCCCAGAAACGGAGUCGCUCGAGGUCCUCGUCUGGCGAGAGGAAAAAAAGGCGUUCUAGAUCUCGAUCGUCUGAAAGGUUUGGGUUUAUGUGGAAUAAGCAGUGGUGUAUGUUUGUUACUGUCUGGUUAGGUUACACUUUCACCCAGGGGGGGCUGCUCUGUGUUCAGAAUUAAAGGAGCAUGUACUCGAGUCGGGUGCUUUGAAGUGACACCCAUGAAGCCAGGCUUUAUCUGCCUGCACUUGGCCAGUGUGCUUACCUUCCUUUCAAUCCUUUUGUUUUUGUUUUUUUUUCUCCUCCCCACCCCCACCCCCGAUCUCUCCCUUCAGGCGCGGAGGCUUUUCGUCUGGAUCCUCCCAUUCAGGCUCCCAAUCAUCAAGUUCAAAAAAGAAAUAAAUUUUAAACUUUCCCUCCCUUAAAGGAAGUUUAACUCGGAUCUGCGUAGAUCUAAAUCACAGUGCAUGUUGUUUCCAAUUCAGAUAAGUUGUUGAUGCUGUUCAGAUCUGCCUAUCAAUGGCAGUAUUUGCUGAGGUGUUUUGGGGGGCAGGGAGGGGGGAGGCGUUUAAUCAUCAUUUUCGAAAAUAUGCUUAAUCUCCUGCUAUCUGUACGCUGUCCAAACAAACUCUCCUUCAA